AUGAAGCUGUUGUCUCCAUGUCGGUGCAUCCUGCGCGUUUUGUCUUCGGUCCUGGGCUACGGAACGACUAGCAAGCAGAGCUCCGUGACAACCGGAUGCAGACGAUGCGCAGACAUGAGGUUCCCCAGAAAUAGCAACAGCGCUUUGCAAUGUGGCUAUUGGAUCAAGCGGAUGAGUGGGCAAGUCAUUCGUGCGGCAAUACCCUGCACGCUGCAUCAGUCACAGAAUCGAUUGGCAAACAAGUCUCGUCUGGAUGCCAUCCUGCCGGAGCUUUUGCCCUCUGAGCUGGAAACUUCUCCGAGCGAGUCCGCCUUAGCUUGGGUGUUGGACAAGGUGUGA